UUACUAGAUCUAGAUUAGAUCUCUACUACUCUAGGGUGUCUAGCUUGCUUUAAAUUGAAUUGAAGUUACUGUUAUAUAUUCAUUUUCCAUUAAAAUUGCUACAUUUUGGAAAUGGAUGGUUUGUCUGUGGAUGUUCAUACAGUUCAUAUGAAUGUGCAAAUCCAAGACCUUCAUCUAAUGAAUCAAAUGAAUGAUAUAUCAAACUUAGAGUUAGACCCUCCCCCUCCUGCAUUUUCAAGCCUAAUGGGUAUACCAACAACACUUUUAUAUAAUGGAUCUUGCUUUCAAGGCCAUCAGAAAAGUAAAGGAAGAUGUUAUGAUGUAGAGGUUGUGCUACAGCAUGUUGAUACAGAGAAAGCAUUUCUGUGUGGAUAUCUUAAAAUUAAAGGUCUUACUACGGAGUAUCCCACACUGACAACCUAUUUUGAUGGGGAAAUUAUCAGUAGUCGACAUCCAUUCUUAACAAGAAAAUGGGAUGCAGAUGAAGAUGUUGACAGAAAACAUUGGGGUAAAUUUACUUCUUUUAUGAAUUGUGUGAAGAAUUUCAAUGCUGAUAAUUUUGACUAUGAUGCAUUGAGAGCUUCAGACUUUGUCUAUAUGAGGUGGAAGGAACAGUUCAUUGUUCCAGACCACACUAUCAAGGACAUCAAUGGAGCCUCUUUUGCUGGCUUUUACUACAUAUGCUUUCAGAAGUCUACUGCUACGAUAGAAGGCUACUACUACCACAAACAUUCAGAAAUGUUUCAGUCCCUGACACUACAGCACAUACCUGAAAGAAAUACAGGUGUUUAUGAGUUCAGAUGAUGGAAACCGAUUCUUUCACAUGCAUAUUAUUAAUAUUGAGCAGUAAAAUCAGUCUUCAGCUUUCAUCCUUGGAGCAGAGUAGAUUCAUCAGUUCUCUAAGGAGCAGUUUAGACUAUACAUUCGUGGAGAAGUUCUUUCAAUGGGGGGUAGCAUACCAUGGAGCAAUACUUUGUGGCCACAUACUAUAGAUCUUUGAAGGAUGUCUUUGUUAUUUUUUUUCCUACUAUUUCUGGGUUGUGUUAACAGCUUUCUCUCCAAAUGCUCUAGAGAGCCCCAUCUCCGUGCUGAUGACCUCCUGUGAAUGUCAAGAAGCCAACGAAGCUCAGGAGUAGGAAAGACAUUCUAUGCAGCUGACUAUACUUGCUUGAAGAGAUUCUUUCAUUUCAUUGCCUUAAUAUUGCAAUCCUACAUGCUCACACAUAAUUCUAUAUUCAACUUAUUAUACUUAAUGGGCAUCAAUAAGGUAGUAACACAGGAAUAAGUGUAUCUUAAAAUAAUCAACUGUAUUGAAAUAAUAACAGUAACACGAAUACCAAGUUGUUGAUAAUAAAAUUAAGCACUGUUAGACAGAGAUAACUGUUUAUAAAAGACGAAGUAUAUUACACUAAAUCUUUCCUUUUUUUCUCUUCCAAUACCAGUAGUUAUUAUUUUGAUGCAAUAGUCAUUCGUCAAGAUUACGAUUGUUUAUGUGAUAAAUAACUGUAAGGAUGUCAUUGCACUAUUCAAUUCUGAGAAAUUAACUUAAUGAAACAUUGAAAUAUUUAGAAAAUUAAUUGAAGGUUAGAAAAUGCUUUCAAUCAUAUCCCAUUGCCAGAAAUCAUCUACACUAAUAGCUCUCUACCCAUCUUUGUGAAGUUCUUUUAAACUUAUUUAGGUAGCAUGUCACUUUAAAAUGGGGCUCAUGGCUUGAAAAGAAAUAAAAACCUUUGAUUUACAUUAACAACAAAAAUAAUAAGUAAGUUUUAAAAAUUUAGUAUGGUGUUGCCUUAAUAUACAAGUACCGGUAACUGUGUAUUUUUUUAUGUCAUUUACUUAAUUAAUAUCACUUACCAGGUAUCUACCUUAAGAGGUUUAUUGAGUCAAACGACACUGAUAGCUAAUUAGUCAUGCACUUGAAGCACAUGGCUUGAAAUUACUAUUUUCACUAUCUUCUGUUAUAGGUACCUGAUAUCUCAUCUAACAUGAAAAAAAAAAGUAGUACUUCUGUGUCCAAAACACCUUUAGAAUGCUAAGAGAAAUUAAACUGAAAAACCUAAGGCAUAUAUUAAUUCAUUAGUAUAUAGUCCACAUGAGAUGUUAUAUUUGAUCAUUUGUGUUAGGAACGACACACACACACACACACACCCCCCUCAAAAUAAAAAGACCCAAUUGAUAAGGUAUUUUUAAGUUGUAUAUAUUAUGUGACUAGCCAAUGCAUAAAUAUUUUGUUCAGGUUGAACAGUUAAAUAGUUGAUUUUUUUUUUCACAGGUUAAUUAAAAUAGUCUUUCAAAUCAUAACAUUUAUAUUUAACUUGAGUAUUAAGAUUAGAAGACUUGUGCACCAGCCAUUUUAUAUAAUAGUAAACUUUUUUUUCUGUAGAGAAGUGGAUAUAAAUGACCCAUAUUUAAAAAUAUUUUUUUUUUAUUUAUAUAGAUACAUUUAGUAUAUACAAAUAAUUUAUUUACCUGCUUUUCAGUUUGUGGUGCUUUGUGUAGAAUGUACUUAGUUAAUUUAUUCAAUGACCCCUCGUAAACAUAAUUCAUUGUACACUGUGUGACCUGGCCAGCUGUGCUGUACUCUUGUUGUGUGCUGGGUUGUAUGGUGCAUGUUGCUAGAACACAACUACUGUGAUUUGUAAGCUUCCUUACUGUGUAACAUCAGGUUCUGUUCUGUGUUGCUUGUUUUGUCUUUAAAAAACAUUAUGCUGUGGAGGCUGUGAUUGAAACAUCCAUACUUUGAAACCUAGGAGUGUGCUAUUACUUACAAAGCUUAAUUUUAUAAAUAGUAUGAGAUUAAAACCUGUCAAUUAGGCAUCUCCAACUGUGGGGACAGUUCAAUUUAUCUUCUGCUUUGAUGGAAUGUCUGUAAUUUUAAGGUAUAAAAUUCUUUGUUUUAUAACUUUUUUUUUUUAAACUCAAUUUCUUUUAGUUUUGUUUAAGAAUGUAAAGAAAUAGCAUAAACCUUUUACCAAUUAUAAAAUAAAUUUUAAAAAUGACAUCUUUCUUGAUAUUAAUGUGUUCCAAUAAAAGAAUGACGCUCUUAUUGACACCCUAUAAAUUAUUAUUAUCAAUUGUUUCAAAAUGUGUUGUUUUUUUUGGUCAGUAUGAGUGUUGGUGGCAUUCAUUGUUUGACAAAGUUAAUGUAAAUAAAUCUAAUGUCAAGUCAAAUUCUUUCCUGAUGAAUAAAACAAUUUUUCAUUAUGA